ACAUGUCAUUAUUACCCAGAUGGUAUUAUCAAAACCAAGACGUUUUCUUAAUCCAUGGGAAGUGUCUCAGCCUCGUAACUGGCCUGCCUAUAGGGACUAUUAAUCUCAAUUUCCGUGUCAGGAAUCAGAAUUUCGGACACGAAGAACUCUUAAGUUUAGAUUGAAUCCAUCGAAAUAUUGCCAAAAGAAUCCACCAUGGGUUGGAUAAAGCGAAAGACGUAUGGGACAGGCGACAGUGGUCGUCGACGAGGUAUCUUCACCACGUAUGGCUACUCCGAGCCAACUGAGGAAGAGUUAGAGCUACUGACUAUGUCAGUCGACCAUAAGACGGGCGAAGACUCGGAUGAGGAGUAUGCGUGGGGAGAGCCAACGAAAUACGACCCAACCUUCAACGGACCAAUCAAGAACCGCGGCUGUACUGACAUCCUUUGUUGUCUUUUCUUCGUCGUCUGCGUCCUGGGAUUGGCUGUCACAGGAUAUUUCGCGUAUGUUUAUGGCGACCCGACCAUCCUGAUCUACCCGACAGACAGCAAUGGAGAGAUCUGUGGAUAUGGAUCCAAGGCGUCAACUCCGAACCUGGUGUUCUUCGACAUGCUGGAGUGUGCGAGAAUGGGCGCGGCAGUCUUUAUCAAUGGAUGCCCGACACCACAGCAAUGUGUAGCCACCUGUCCCCAGAAGUACUGGGUGUUCACCAUAGCUGCGGCCCAGGAGAUCACUGGUUUCUCUGCCUCGGCCAGAGCUGACAUGAUCUGCAAGACCGGGGUGGAUCCGACAGUGGGCCAGUAUGCUUCAAUGUCGAUCACAGACCUAGUCACCAAGGACUACUGUGCUCCCUACUAUGUCAACAGUACGGCAUUUGUUGGACGUUGUGUUCCAUCCAUCUUUAACCAAAUCACCAACAUGGCUGCUGGUCUGGUCACUUCGGGCUUCGCGCUAGUUGACAAGAGUAACUCCACGGUUACUGGAACUGCACUGGACACAGCCACAGGAUAUUUGUCAACAUUCCUGAGCGCUGUGACUAUUGCUGAGGCAGUAUUUGCCGAUUGUAGGUCCUCCUGGUGGAUGAUGUUGGUUGGCUUCGGGAUUUCAACCAUCGUCUGCCUCCUGUACAUCCUGUUGAUGCGGUUCAUUGUUGGCUUCAUGGUGUGGUUGACACUCUUCCUCUUCAUCGCCUUAUUUGGAUUCUCGACUGGUUACUGUUUCUACAAAUACGUCGAUCUGCUGGACGACCCAAAUUCCAAUGGUUCAUUUACCUUUACUACCAACUUCAGUUACUAUCUCGGUCUCCGAGACACUUGGCUUGCAUUUGGAAUCAUCUCUGCAAUCUUCCUGCUGAUUAUUCUCAUAAUUCUGAUCUUCUUACGGACGAGGAUCAGGAUAGCUAUAGCUAUUCUCAAGGAGACCAGCAGGGCGAUAGGUAACAUGAUGUCUACCCUCCUGUGGCCUCUUUUACCGUUCAUUCUCCAAGUAGCAGUCUUUGCAUAUUGGGGUGCCACAGCUAUUUACCUUGCCUCUUCUACCAAGACAGACUACAAAUAUGCCAACAUCUCCUCAUCGAACCUGUUCCAGAGCAUACCAUGCGAUCCCACGAAUUAUGCCAACGACACAGCUUCUUCCAUUUGUCAGUUUGUCAAAUACGGCUCAAAUGAUUACGUAAUCUACCUCCAGCUCUUCAACCUGUUCAUGUUAUUCUGGCUAGCCAACUUCGUUGUCGCUUUUGGCCAGAUGACCUUGGCAGGGUCAUUUGCCUCCUACUAUUGGGCAUUCUCCAAACCACAUGACAUUCCUGCCUUUCCAUUGGCUGCUUCUUGCUUCCGGGCAUUCAGAUAUCACUUGGGGUCAAUGGCUUUUGGCUCCUUGCUGGUGGCCAUCGUUCAGAUGAUACGUGCAGUAUUGGAGUACUUCGACAGGAAGUGUAGGGGUUCGGAGAAUCCACUUGCAAAGUUCGUGUUGAAAUGUAUGAAAUGCUGUUUCUGGUGCCUGGAGAAAUUCAUCAAGUUUAUCAAUAAGAAUGCUUACAUAAUGAUCGCCGUGUAUGGUAAAAACUUCUGCUCGUCGGCCAAACAUUCGUUCUCUCUCAUCAUGAGGAACAUCGUCAGGACGGUAGUCGUAGAUAAAGUCUCAGAUUUUGUAUUGUUCGUAUCCAAGAUGGUGGUGGUCGGUUUAGUCGGAGCGGCAGCGUAUUUCUUCUUUGAUGGACGAAUCCCAUUCUUGAACAACUACACUCCCUCCCUCAACUACUACUUUGUACCAGUUAUUGUUAUCGUCAUUGGAGCAUAUGUUAUAGCCACGUGUUUCUUCAGCGUCUACUCGAUGGGCGUCGAUACCUUAUACCUCUGUUUCCUUGAGGAUUUGGAACGCAACGACGGCACCCCAGAGAAGCCUUAUUACAUGAGUAAAGGUCUGAUGGAUAUACUCAGCAAGAAAAACAAGGAACCGCAACCAGCGUCCUCCAAUGGGAAGUAAUGAGGGAUACUAACCUGC